UCAACAUGAGUAGCUCCAUAGAAAACGAAGAGCGAGCUACGUUGCUCGACCGUAAUAACGAAUACCCUUCAGAGAAUAGAAUAUUACAACAAACAGUAGUCAAAAUCUGUGCGAGCAUAGCCGCACUUAUCGCUUUCGUAUGUCUAAUAUCAGCCCUUGUCCGCGGUCGAGACGUAUCGCAACAACCUCUUCCUUACUUUAAUGGAACUCAUGGUUUCAAUAAAACACUCAUCAUCGUAUCCCUGGAUGGAUUUAGGAAUGAUUACUUGAAGAGAGGUCUCACACCUAACAUUCAGAAGUUAGCUGAAAGAGGCGUAGGAGCCAAGUAUAUGGUACCGUCUUUCCCGUCGGUUACUUUCCCAAACCACUAUACACUCGUCACCGGCCUCUAUCCCGAAUCGCACGGAAUAGUCGGUAACGACUUUUACGACCCUCUUCACGAUCGUGAUUUCUACUACACGGACCCAAAACGUUCGUUCGACUCGUUUUGGUGGGGCGGCGAACCGAUCUGGGUCACUGCCGAAUUACAAGGACGAAAAUCGGCCGUUCUUAUGUGGGUUGGCUCAUCAGCUGAAAUUAAACAUACCCGACCGACGUACCAAAUCUCGUUCAAUGCUUCGUGGACGGUGGGAGAUAAAGCAGACCAAGUUUUGAAAUGGGUGGAUGAAGAAGACGACAGAGCUAGCUUGAUUGCUGUCUAUACGAAUCAGGUCGAUUAUUAUGGACAUCGGUUUGGCCCCGUGUCGAAGCAAGUUGACGACGCAUUGAUCCAAGUGGAUGGAAUGAUUGGAGACAUGAUUAGUGGAUUGGAGGAAAGGAAUCUGACCGAGAUUGUUGAUUUUAUUGUUGUCUCUGAUCACGGUAUGGCAACGAUAAACGCUUCAUCUUACAUAUUACUCGACCAACUUCUUAAAGAAUCGAUACCCAAUUUCGAAGACCUCAUCUUUCCUCUCGAAGGUUUCCCGCUGGCUGGCAUUCGUCCAAAUAAACCCGACGCGGAAGUCGACAUUCUCACUAACCUUCAAAAAGUUUCCCACGACCAACCGUUCGAUUGCUACAACAAAGUCGACGUUCCGUCUCGAUUUCAUUAUUCUAAAUCCGACCGUAUUGCCCCGAUAGUAUGUAUACCCGAAGUUGGUUAUGUACUCACCAGUACCAAAUUCUGGAAUAAUAUCGUGAGCAACGGUACCCACGGAUUUGAUAAUUUGGCAGAAGAGAUGCGAGCGAUAUUUAUGGCUCAGGGCCCGACGUUCGAGCAGUACAAGCAAAGAACGGGACAAGGAAAUGUUAUGGACGAAUUUCGAAAUGUUGAAGUGUACAAUAUUAUGGCAAAGAUUUUGGAUUUGACACCGGCUCCGAAUAACGGAACUGUCGGGAGUAUCAUUUGA